GAUCGCGGCUCUCAAGGCUAUGGUCUCCGAGAAAGUGAAGAAUCCAUCUCGAGUUCAAGUUGUCACUGCAUCGAUCCAUAGAGCCGCCAUUUCGGCCUCCGCUUUGGUUGCGGUGGACUGUCUCGAAAGGCGGCCGGCAACGUCUUUGUUGCUCACGGUGGACUUGCGAACCAACGUCGUUCCACCGUUUCCGUCGACUUUAGCAGGCAACGUAAUCUUGUUCUUCGUUGCAUCAUCAACGGCGGCAGAGACUGAGACGGAGGUGUGGAGCAUGGUGGAGGAGAUGAAGAGGAAGACGGAGUUUACGAACAAGUGGCGAAGCAAGUACAAGGGGGCGGAGGCGGGGACCGUAGAGUGGGAGUCGCUUUACUGGUAGCACAUGAAGGAAACAA